UCUCCUGCUGCUGCGAAGAGACGGGACUCCCCGGCACGGCUGCUGUUUUUACAAGUGGGAUUUACCCUGAUCUCAUCCUCGCCCCAACAUGAGACUUCUUCUUCUUCUUGUUGUUGCGGUGGCGGCUCUGUUGACAGAAAAUCUAGCGCUUCCAGUGGGGAAAGAAGGUCGGAGAGAAGAUGUGGUAACACGAUGCCUGGUGGAGGUCCUGUCCAAAGCUCUCUCCACACCGGACUCUCAGCUGGAUCAGGAAUGCAGGGACAUUCUCCAAGAAGGGGUUAAACAGAUCCCUCUGGACAAGAAGAGCGGGGACGGGAUUGUAACUCAUGAGGAGGUGGUCAAAGUUCAGCCCAAGGAUACAGAGACAAAGGCAGCCGAUGUGAAAGACAUCGAGGCACUCCUGAAAUCUGUAGAGGAGAAAAAGGAAAACCCAGAGGAUGAGCGCAGCCAAGAGUCCUGGAGUUUGGGUGACGAGAAGGAAAAGAGACAUGAGAACGCAGAAGAAGAAGUAGUGCGGGAGAAAAGAAGCAAAUGGAAGUCUGGGAGAUACCACCAAAAGAAAGCCAAACGAGAUGAGGAGCCUUUAGGAGACGAGAGGGACGAGCCAGAGGAGGAACGAAGCCAAGAGUCCUGGGAUGUAGACAAAAGGCAUGGGAACGAAGUGGAGGACGAGAGAAUCAAACGCAUAUGGAAACCCACACACCGCUACCACCACAAGAAAAAACUUCACAAACGUGGCGAUGAAGAGGGAGACGAAGAGCGCAGCCAAGAAGAUUGGGGUCUUGACAAUGAGCGAGACAAGAGGAACUGGAGGCCUGGCAGGUACCACCAGAGGAGAACCAAACGUGAUGAAGAGCUCUCAGAAGAAGCCAGAGAAGAACCAGAUGAAGAACGCAGCCAGGAGAGCUGGGACUUUGACACAGGAAGAGAAAAGAGGAAAUGGAGGCCUGGCAGGUACCAACAGACGAGAAGCAAACGUGAUGAAGAGCUCUCAGAAGGAGCCAGGGAAGAACCAGAUGAAGAACGCAGCCAGGAGAGCUGGGACUUUGAUACAGGAAGAGAACAGAGGAAAUGGAGGCCUGGCAGGUACCAACAGACGAGAAGCAAACGUGAUGAAGAGCUCUCAGAAGGGGCCAGGGAAGAACCAGAUGAAGAACGCAGCCAGGAGAACUGGGACUUUGAUACAGGAAGAGAAAAGAGGAAAUGGAGGCCUGGCAGGUACCAACAGACGAGAAGCAAACGUGAUGAAGAGCUCUCAGAAGAAGCUAGGGAAGAACCAGAUGAAGAUCGCAGCCAGGAGAGCUGGGACUUUGACACAGGAAGAGAAAAGAGGAAAUGGAGGCCUGGCAGGUACCAACAGACGAGAAGCAAACGUGAUGAAGAGCUCUCAGAAGGAGCCAGGGAAGAACCAGAUGAAGAACGCAGCCAGGAGAACUGGGACUUUGAUACAGGAAGAGAAAAGAGGAAAUGGAGGCCUGGCAGGUACCAACAGACGAGAAGCAAACGUGAUGAAGAGCUCUCAGAAGGAGCCAGGGAAGAACCAGAUGAAGAUCGCAGCCAGGAGAGCUGGGACUUUGACUCUGGAAGAGAGAAGAGGAGCUGGAGGCCUGGCAGGUACCACCAGACGAGAAGCAAACGUGAUGAAGAGCUCUCAGAAGGAGCCAGGGAAGAACCAGGUGAAGAACGUAGCCAGGAGAGCUGGGACUUUGACACAGGAAGGGAAAAGAGGAAAUGGAGGCCUGGGAGGUACCAACAGACGAGAAGCAAACGUGAUGAAGAGCUCUCAGAAGAAGCUAGGGAAGAACCAGAUGAAGAUCGCAGCCAGGAGAGCUGGGACUUUGACACAGGAAGAGAAAAGAGGAAAUGGAGGCCUGGCAGGUACCAACAGACGAGAAGCAAACGUGAUGAAGAACUUUCAGAAGGAGCAAUGGAAGAACCAGAUGAAGAACGUAGCCAGGAGAACUGGGACUUUGACUCUGGAAGAGAGAAGAGGAGCUGGAGGCCUGGCAGGUACCACCAGAGGAGAACCAAACGUGAUGAAGAGCUCUCAGAGGACAGGCGAGACGAGGUGGACGGAGAACGCAGCCAGGAGAGCUGGGACUUUGACAAAAGACACGGAAAAGAAGAGGGAGAGGUUGAAAAGCGCAUUUGGAAGCCGACACACCGGUACCACCACAAAAAGAAACUUCACAAACGUGGUGGAGACUCAUCAGAAGACGAGGAGGAACAGAGGGGUGUUUCAGAGGAGGCUGCAAAGGACAGGGACGAAGCCCUGAGGUAUCUGGCAGAGAAGCGUAAUCCCUGGAUUUACAGAGGGUUCUACCAUCCGGCCUUUAAAAGGGUUUCAGAUGAACACGCAGCAACUAAGAUGGACGACCUGGCCAAGUUGCUGAGCUACAAGAUAAACCAGCUGCCCGGCCAUUCUAAUCAGGAGGUUGCAAAGAGAAGCACGCUCCAGAGAGCCCUCACUCCGCAGGAGGAUAAAGAUCUGGAAAACCUAGCAGCCAUGGACGUGGAGUUCCAGAAAAUCGCCACCAAGCUGCAAGAGAACGGUGCAUAAACCAGGACGGACAGCUUAUUAAGACGCCACCUGAGGACUUCAGCUGCCGUGUUACCGCAUGUCUGCCAAUUCAGUGUGCUUACCGUGUACCAACAUAAACAAAAGCUGGAGCCUUGCCAAAAAAUACCAACUUGUUUAUCAUUGUAUUUGUGAUAUUUUGAUGUUCUCAAUUUAAUCCGCAUGGGAAUGGUCUUGAUGUUUGUACAUGUAAAGAGAAAAUAUGAAAAUAAUAUAUAUAUCUUGAACAGAUUACUGGAAUAAUUGUGUUCUGAAGAGUUUGCUCAUUCUGUGCUCAAUAAAAGAGUUAUUCUGGGACCAAACAAAGAUC